UUCCCCACUCUGGCCUCACAGGGGAGUUGGCAGCGAGCCGUGGGCCGCGCUGGCCUCAGCCAGAUUUCCUGGCCAAACUCAGGAGAAGAGAUGCCCUGGACUGUCCUGCUCUUUGCAGCCGGCUCCUUGGCCAUCCCACCCCCGUCCAUCCUGCUGGUGCCCCCCCUCCCCAGCAGCCAAGAAGACCCCAUCCACAUUACCUGUGUCGCCCCCUGGGGCUUCCCAGGGGCCAAUUUCACGCUGUACCGCGGCAAGCAGGUGGUCCAGCUGCUGCAGGCCCCCCCAGACCAGCUGGAGGUCACCUUCAACCUGAGCGGCAGGGAGGCGCCCGGGGGCAUGUUCUACUGCCGGUACGGGGUGCUAGGUGAACACAGACAGCCGCAGCUGUCGGAAUUCAGCGAGCCUGUGAGUGUCUCCUUCCCAUCCUUCCCAGUGCCUACUUGGAUCCUGGCACUCUCCCUGAGCCUGGCUGGGGCCCUCCUUCUUGCUGGGCUGGUGGCCACUGCCCUGUUGGUCAGGAGAGUUAAAGUAAAAAAAUUGCAGAAGAAAAGAGAGCGAGAAUCCUGCUGGGCCCAGAUCAACUUCGCCACCACAGAUAUGACCUUUGACAACUCCCUGUUUGCCAUCUCUGCGAAAAUGAACCCAGAAGAGGAUCCAACCACCCUGCAUGCCUGCUCGGGCUCCGGCGAGACAUCUGACAACUCCGGACCCCGGAAAAGGCCCACUUCCACAUCCUCCUCGCCCGAGCCCCCCGAAUUCAGCACCUUCCGGGCCUGCCAGUGAGGCUGAGGAUCGGGGCUCCCUCUGUGUCUGUGCCCGAGGUCCCUGUAGCUGCUUUCGGUUUUCUGGCUGCUGCUUUCUCAGGGAACUGAACAGAGGAGAUGACGGGAAUCCUUGACCUUGGGACCUUCCUCAACAGAGGGGCAGGAGUGGCAGAGGGGUCGCCCACAUUGUCCUGGAAGCUGGACGGAAAGCGGGGAGACUCCCUCCCACCCAGGAGGGAGAUGUUAGGGUCCCUGUGGCCCCCAGCUGGACCGCACACCCUUCCGGUUUCUUCCUCCCCCUGCCGCAUCUGACUUGACCAGCCCAGCUGGGUUUUUGGAGCACAGGGUACCUGGGGGUAUGUUCUGUAUGUCUGUCCUACUGGUAUGCCUAAGUUAUUAAUUACAACACGUGUUGAGCUGUUCC